GUUUGUAUCUUGAAUCCCCUCCCUUUUUCUUCCCGCAAAAGUUUCGACCCUUCCAGAUCUCUCUCUCUCGAUUCCGUUUCCGUUCCUCUCUCAACUCUUCUUAGCUCAUCGUCUUCAUCGUCACUCCUCUCUGGAUUUUUUUUCUUUCUAUCUGGUGACCUUUCACUGCUACUGCGUUCGUCGCGCCGUUUACGGUUUCUGCGGUUCGUGCUGCAUCGGAUGAUUUGUGUAUAUGCUAGAGUUUUUUUUCCCUUAAGGUGAUAAAGCACAGCACAUCGACAAUAUUUGAUGUUUGCGUAACUAGUUCAAAUUUGUUGUGUGUGAUGCUGCUGCUGCUGUAGCCUGGUCAACUAUCUUUUUUCUGAAGAAUUCAAUACCAGGAAUGCAAAGUAGUCAGUUGGACCCUAUAGCAAACAAAAUGGAAUCUUCACUUUCAGAAGCUCAACGAGGGGUUGUAGUUUCUUCCAAUGAGUCUUCAUUGCAUCAAUAUUUAGUACCUAAUAGGCAAAUGGAACUAAUGGGAUCAAUAGCUGGUGGAUCUCUAUCUCAGAGUGGAAUGGUAUCAUGCAUGCAAACCGGACAUAUUGAUGUUAAAGCUGGAAAUUUUGGACAGCAACAAUUUCAAUUACCUGGCAAUCCAUUUGGAGGUACUGGAAGCAUGCUGAGAACUGCAGAAGGGGUGCUGUCACUUCCUAUGAAGCGCAAGGCAUCGAUUGAGCCUUUUAAUCCUCUCUCACAGCAGUCUCCAUUGCACAAUAAGCGAGUUGCAUCUAUGGAACAUCGUCCAUGGUUGCAACAAACUUCUGGAAUAGCCAGAAGGCCUCCUUUACAAAUACCAAACAAUGCCCCAGCUCCUGUAUCAAUGCAUUCCCCUGCUGGUAUUAAGAGAAAGGUACAGCAAAUGGAAUCACAUCCAACUAAAGUUCGACAUCAACGUCCCACUGCUUCCAAAGGCCAGAGUGCUCCGUUGGCUCCAACUUCCAAAAUUCAAAAUGAGCCAACAGGAUCUGUGAGAUCAAAGAUGAGGGAGUCCUUGACUGCCGCAUUAGCCUUGGUUACACAGCAGCAAGAUAAGUUACCUAAUGACGAAAAAAGUUCUUUAACUGAGGCUGAAAAGUCUGCAGUUCCGGAGCAGGAAAAUUCUGUAUUUUCUGGUCCAGCUAUUGGUCAUGUAUCUGAUGACUCCAAGAAACUGUUCUCUGAAAACUUAGAUUCUGUUGGUCUUGAAGACAAUGUAGGAAAGAUGUUAGAUAAGAGUUCUCUAUGUGUAAAUGUUAGUGAGUUAGAGCCGUUGAGAUAUGAUGGACGGGUGUUUCAACAGAAUAAUGUUUUGUCGUAUGAAGACAUUUCUUUUGGGGAUAACUUUUUUAUUAAAGAUGAUCUUUUGCAAGAAAAUGGUCUCUCUUGGGUACUGGAGGCUGAUUUAGGGGUAACCGAUAAAAAGGAAAUGCGAACUGAUGAACUUCAGAAGAUGGACGUUGGCGUAGCAAAUAAAAACCAGGGAGAAAAACCAGUUCAGACGCCGGAGGCUUUGGCACUUAAAAUUGAAGAAGAACUAUUUAAAUUAUUUGGUGGUGUUAAUAAAAAGUACAAGGAAAAAGGAAGGUCCCUUUUGUUCAACCUGAAAGACAGAAACAAUCCCGAAUUGAGGGAAAGGGUUAUGAGUGGGGAAAUUACCCCCGAAAGAUUAUGCUCGAUGACUGCUGAGGAGCUUGCAUCAAAGGAGCUUACCGAGUGGAGAAUGGCGAAAGCUGAAGAACUUGCACAAAUGGUAGUUUUACCCGAUUCUGAAGUUGAUAUAAGGCGUUUGGUAAAGAAGACUCAUAAAGGUGAGUUCCAAGUAGAAGUUGAACAGUACGAUAAUGCCUCUGCAGAUGUUUCAUCUGGGGCUUCUGCAUUUUCUCAGAGUCAACGAAAUAAGGAUGAGACCGACGGUGGGUCUUCUGAUGAAUCUGAAGCAAUUAAGGAUGAACAGAAUAUUCCUGGUCAGAAAAAUGGUGCAUCUGACAAGGAUAAUUACACUUUCACAAUUCCAUCAAAUGAAGGGACUGAUUUGAUGCAAGGACUAAUGGUUGAUGACGGACUUAAGGAUACAGAGUCACUGCCUCCAAUCGUCUCCCUAGAUGAGUUCAUGGAGUCCCUUGAUACAGAGCCACCCUUUGAUAUUUUAGCUGAAGAUGCUGGAAAAUUGUCACCUAUUUUGGAGAAGGGUGAGCCAGAGCCUAGCUCUCGGUCGAAGGCUGCAGCUCAUUCUACGAAAGGUGCAACAGAUGUCAGUAUAGACAAAAAUAAGAACAAUGAGGAAUCUAAUACAAAAGCAGAUAUUGGCUCAUCUUCUGCCGUUCAAGUGGAUUUGAAAUCUAAGCAUAGUAAAGCAGAUAUGGAUUCUAAUGACAAUCAAGCUGGUUCUGAAACAUCUGAUAGGAAUGACGGUGCAAAAUCUACUAGUGAUAGUACUGCAAAAUCUGGGACUGAAUCCCUGUCUAGCACACUUAAGUUGGAACAUCUAUGGGAUGGCAUUCUCCAGUAUAAUAUUUCGACAAUGACUCCAGUUGUGGGUACCUACAUAAGUGGUGAAAGGACUUCAGCGAAAGAUUGGCCUGGCAUUCUUGAGAUCAAAGGGAGAGUAAGAUUGGAUGCGUUUGAGAAGUUCCUUCAAGAGCUUCCAUUAUCUCGGAGUCGUGCCGUUAUGGUUCUUCAUUUGGAUUUGAAGGAGGGUCGUCCCGAAAGUGAACGAGCGAAUCUCCAAGAGGUUGCUGAGUCGUAUGUUGCGGAUGAGCGAGUUGGUAUAGCGGAGCCUGGUUCGGGGGUUGAGUUUUACUUUUGCCCCCCACAUGGAAGAAUUCUUGAUAUGAUUUGCAGGAUCCUUCUAAGGGAAAAUAAUGAGGCACUUAAUGCAAUUGAAAAUGGCCUAAUAGGCGUUGUUGUAUGGAGAAAAACUCAAUUAACGUCUAUGUCCCCAAACUCAACGUCACACCACAAACGCAGUUCAAAAAAGCAACAUUUUAGUUCUAGAAGACAGCAGGAGACAUCGAACUUGAAAGCUAAUAAUAUUUCCCCUAAACAGACUAUUCCUCAUGGUUAUUUUUCUGCUGCCGGUGCUCGUCCUCCGCCUGAGGAGGAUGAUGCAGAUGGUGAUGACGACGUUCCUCCCGGGUUCGGUCCUUCAACUGCUCGGGAUGAUGAUGAUCUUCCUGAGUUUAAUUUCUCUGGUUCUGCAAACCCUCCUGUGUUUUCUUCCCAGACUAACACCCCCAGUACCACCCGAGGGCUGCCGAGGCAUCCCUCAUUCCGCCCAGCUUCUUCCCAAUCUGGGUCUCGCCCUGUAGAGCAAAUGCGAGAGCUUGUGCAAAAAUAUGGGCAAAACCUAUCUAACAGCCCCUCCACUGGAAACUGGGGAGAAAGGAGCUUAAGUUCAGUAGCUUUACAGCCAUGGAACGAUGACGACGACGACAUCCCGGAGUGGCAACCACAAGCAGCAGCCUCACAGCAGCUGCCUGUGCGUGGGUUCCAUCAGCCGACGCUGAGGGCUCACUACAUGGUGAACCAGCAGCAGCAGCAGCAGCCGCCUGUAGGGGCCCCAGCGCCCUUAAGUGUGAGUCAACAAGGGACGUGGUGGGGUCCUCAGCAAGGCCACAACAACAGCAACAAUAUACAGCCUACAGGAAAUUUAGGUGGUAGUCAUAGUAGUAGUGGUCAGUUUUAUGGGGCUUUUGGGCGAUCAGCUCCUUCCAACCCUUCAAAUAAUAGAGGGUUUUGAAUUUUUCCUUUGUUUUUAUGUAAAGUUAAAUUCUUUGUUCCUUCUCUCUUUUCGUCUCCUUUUCCCUUUUUAGCUUUUGUCUUAUUACUUCUGUUGUAAUCUUAGAAUUUCUCACUUCUUCUCCUCUUUUUGUAAGCUUUCGGGUCGAUCCCGAGGCCUUUUAGUUCGACCUUUAUAGGUUAUUGAAGGAAGAACACACAUGGAUACUGAA